CCUAUGUUUUUUUUUUUUUUUUGGUUUUUUUUGCACACACAAAUUGCACAUGUGAAUUAAGCACCAAGGUAUGAAUACAAAACAUUAGCUUAUUCAAGGAGAAAAGGUCGCGCAACCAAGUCAAGACGCACGAUCGGCUUUGGCCUCGUCUGUGGAGCGUAAUUUACGUGUUUCUGAUUGGAAAACCGAUACGGCCUUGGCCAGUGGAAUGACGUCUCCGACACAUGUGCAGUUAUCUUCUUCUCCGCAACCCGGCCAGCCAGCCGUCUUACUACACCAACGCUGCCACUGCUCAUAUGCACCUCCUAAAAGCAUGAGACCUAUACCGGUGUCUUCCAUUUGCCUGCGAUAGGGGCUUCCUCACCCAUCGACCCGCCAAUCCCUUAGUUCCGCCACUGCCAUGCGUCUCUUCCUCAUCCCCAUCUCGACGAGACGGGCCUUUGUAUACUGCCAGUCACCACAAUUUAGAACAAUCGGGGUCAUCGAUCGAAUUACGGAUAAGGCUGCUGCAACAUGGGCGAAGUGGGAGCGUGCAGAGAAAGGCUGGAAGAAGCAGCUCGUGACAUAUGGCCAUGUCAUUCUACAGAGAAUUCCAUAUGAGGAAUGGGGCUUGAAGAGCAUUCCUCCGUUGAACACACGGCAGUUGAUCGAGGAGUCUAAAAGGGAUCACCCCAUUGACGUUAUGUUCCCUGGAAAUGCAAUUAAAAAGGACCAGGUUCUAAGCGUUUUGAGAACGCUAGGUACCGAACGCCAGGAAUUAGAUCGGAGGAAGAUGUGGUGGUGUUUCGGGAUUGCCCCUUUAACUGCUCCAAUAGCGCUUAUUCCAGUAGUACCUAAUAUCCCUUUCUUUUACCUUGUUUACCGGGGUUGGUCGCAUUGGCGAGCUUUGAAUGGCUCUAGACACCUUGUGUAUCUACUCGAUCAUGAUAUGGCCAAGCCCCAUGCAUUCACCCGGCUUGAGAAAUUCUACUCCACUCGUUUACUGCGUGGCGAAGCGCAAGGUAAGAUCGCGUUGAAACCCGGAUCAAUGCCAGAAGAACCCGAUGGUAGAGAACGUUUGCUUCUAGAGAAAGAAGACGGUAGAGAGCUGGGUGAGAUUCUUGAGGCACCGGGUAUCGCUAUCGAAGUUGAGCGCGCUGUCCUACAAAUCAGAAAGAAAUUGGAAGCCGAACAGCAACCCAAGAAGCAAGCCAGGUCUGAGAACGAUGAGAAGAAAAACUUUUAGACUCUCACGUUGAUUGGGUUGGAGGAUGUAAGAUAUGGCACAGCCAGUGCCGACAAUAACCGCUCCGCUUCGAACUAGGCAGAGGAUGUGAUUCACGCAUACCUUGUUUGAUUUUGCAUGCUCUCGGGGUAGUGAAUUAUAGAUCAACCGGCGUACUGAUAGAUUUUGUUGAGAUAACGUUUGAAAGCGGGAUUUGGUGUAUGUACAAUAGCGAUGAAAUGCCAAAACGCUUGAACAUUGAAUGUUCCGAGUCAAUCGUUCUGAUCGCUCUUUGGUAUUAUUUAGUUGACCUGGAUAUAUGACUCAUAAAAUCAACACCAUGGCAAAGACUGGAAUACGAAGUCUUGGCACUAUGCAUUUUCAUAUAUAGCUCUCAUGUAAC